UCAAUGGCGAAGACGCACGACGUGGUUUAAUGCGACAUCGGCGUGUAAAAGAUUGGCAUCAAUUCGCAUUUUCAACGAAGCAGCAAACAAUAAAAUAAAGGGGAUUUCGCAUUCAAACGGCGCGAUUCUGUUUGUACAUGUGAGUGUUGAUCGGUUGGAGAUGGCGGAGGGGACAUACGUGAAGCUCACCAAAGACCAGGUAUCUCUGCAAGAGAUCACCCCAGGCGAACUCAAUCAGCCCAUUGAUAUUGAAGCGAUAAGUGCUCCUAGAUGUGAACAAUGUGGACAAACUCUACCACCGAGCUACUCUCCCCCAGCUGAUGAAGAUUGGGUAUCUGGGAUUUUCGGUUGCUCUGAGGAUCGUGACAGUUGCCUAACAGGAAUGUUUUGCCCCUGUGUACUGUUCGGGCGCAAUGUUGCAAGCUUGAACGACGAUAUCCCUGAGCGAAGUGCGUGCAUCAGUCACGUUGUAUGCAUUGAAGGUGGCAUUGCUCUUGCUAUCGCCACAGCAGCCUGCAACGGCAUAGAUCCAGACACGGCCUGCCUCCUGACCGAAGGCUUGCUAUUCGCAUGGUGGGUCUGUGGCAUCUACACUGGCAUGGGCCGACAACUGUUGCAGAGAAAAUAUCACCUAAAGGAUUCACCUUGUGAUCCUUGUAUGGUGCACUGCUGCCUCCACUGGUGUGCGAUAUGCCAGGAGCACAGAGAAAUGAAGAAUCAUCUGGCAGAGGGCACUGCAUCCGAGGUGACGGUGGUAAACCCCCCGCCGCGGCAGGAGAUGAACGCUGCUGAGAAACAUGAGGAUCGAGGCUCAACUUCACACCAGAGUGGGGAACAGAAUAAUCUGCAGUUACAACCUGUGUGAAAUUCCUUGACAAAAACUAUGCUAAAAGUUUUCAUUUUUUGAGGGAAAAAAGUAUAGUUUCUUUGGUCAAAAUAAAACGAGAGACACAAAGCAAUACUGGUCUUAGUCUCGCGAUAUUUUUCAUAGUUCGAGAUAGAGUAUACCAGAGCUUCACUCUUUUGCAAUGGUUGAAACUUGCAUAUGUGAAAAAUGAUGAAUACUGAAUUUUUACACUCCUAUUUUUCUAAAUCUCAACCUAUUAGU